AUGCAUCCACGUCGGAAGCAAUGUCACUCUAAAAGUUACCUUCAGCUUGCAGCUUUCCUCAAUGCACAAGAGAAACUCAAUGAAAAUGAGUUUCAUCAAAUGGUCCACUCUGGAACUCAAAUGACAAGCAUCAACGAGGAAUAUGAAAACGAUCUAGAAUCUCAGCUGCGCCAUGUCAAGGAACAGUUAAAGAGCGCACAAAUUCAUAUUGAGUUCCUUUCAGAAAGGAUGAAGACGUACAGGUAUAGAUGGCUAGAACAGUACUACUGCGCUGACAACCUCGAGCACCAUAUGCUGGAUGGUGUCUAUGUGCCCAAGCUCGAUCAGAUUCCAGAAAGUGCCACUUCGCCUAGCUUCUUUCCAGAGCUGUUGAGCUGGAGUCUGGAAGGUUCAGAUUGGAGAGAGCAUAGCACUGAUCUGUAA